ACAAACAGGCGCACUAACGGAUCGACCCGACCCGAAAAUCUCCCUAAUUCUCUCUAUUUUCAUUUUAACGCUCCACUGUCCCACAUGCCCCAAACCUACGGCCACCGACGGCGGUGCGGCGACAUCAAUAGCUGUGCGAUCUCUUAAAUUUGUAAUUCGAACAUACAGAAAAUCUACAUGACGAUCUCCGACGAAGAGAACGAGAGCUUAGCCGAAUUCCUCGAAUCAGAGGUCCUCUCUGAAGUCUCUGAUCAGGAAGAGACGGAGCAGGCGGAGGCGGAGGUUGCAAAAGCGAAAACAAUUAGAAAUGAGAAAAUGAAAGAGAAAGAAGAAGAUAAUAAUAGUAAUAAUAAUAAUAAUAAUAAGAAAAUGAGAAUAGAGAGUGGUAUAUUAAGCAAGAUUCCUCCAGAAAUCUUCGUACAUAUUCUCAAAUUUCUUUCUUCGGAGGACCUGAUGACAUGUUCUCUGGUGUGUAGAUUUAUGAAUUUUGCAGCAUCUGAUGAGUCCUUGUGGCGUCGCCUGUAUUGUUUGCGAUGGGGAAUCUUGCCUCCUUUUAAGAGGUUAUGCGAUAGUGCUUGGAAGAAACUUUAUAUUCAGCGUGAUGAAGAGGAAAUGGUUAAACUUGUAAGAAACUGCCAACCUGAGUUUAAGGAAUAUUACAUCCAAAUGCAUGCAUCGAAAAGAAGUCAAGCCCCUCUUCCUUCACAGGUGAAAGAUGAUCGGAUAAUUCUUGACAAGACAAUCGCCGAACAAGUGUCCAUAUGGAAAAAUAAAAAAGGCCUGGCAGAUAAGGUGGUCACUGACCAUUCUUGUUCUGGAGAAACGUGUUCUUACUACCAGAUUGGAGAUGUUUUUGUCUGUGAAAAAACUGGCAAUGUUCACGUUUGUGGUGAUACAUGCAGAGAAGUCGUUAUAAACCCUGUAAAUGAGCUUUUGGUCUGUACAGUUUCAGGGCUAUGUUUUGAUAGACUCUUGUCACCGUGUGAAAUGGAACCAGAUGCUGCGGAAAGCGCAGCAACAGAUGAAGCAGAGCCAUUCAUGGGAUCGGGUCGUUUCGCACGAGCUUAUUUAUUGGGAUACAAUUGCGACAAUGAGAAUGAGCUAGAAGCUACUUUGAGGUUUUGCUGAUUCGUAUGUACUCCUGGUCUGCACAACGUCAAUCAAUGGAUUCGACAUGUUUGAAAUGGCAAUAGAUGUAAUACAUCUCCCACAUCUGUAUUUGAGUUUAGUUUGUUUUGUUUAUCAGUUACCUCUGUCCUGUCCAUAUAAAUUCAUCACUUAGAUGACUUUCUUCCCAAUUUAUUAUUAUUAUUAUUAUUAU